GACCGCCCUGCGCUCUCUGGAGACGCGCCGCCCGCGCCAGGGUGGUGCCAUGUGGGGCGGUCGCCGCUCAUCCGUCGCCUCCUCCCGGAACGCCGCUUCGCUCCUGCAGCUGCUGCUGGCCGCGCUGUUGGCGGCGGGGGCGAGGGCCAGCGGCGAGUACUGCCACGGCUGGCUGGACGCGCAGGGCGUCUGGCGCAUCGGCUUCCAGUGUCCCGAGCGCUUCGACGGCGGCGACGCCACCAUCUGCUGCGGCAGCUGCGCGUUGCGCUACUGCUGCUCCAGCGCCGAGGCGCGCCUGGACCAGGGCGGCUGCGACAACGACCGCCAGCAGGGCGCCGGCGAGCCUGGCAGGGCGGACAAAGACGGCCCCGACGGCUCGGCAGUGCCCAUCUACGUGCCGUUCCUCAUCGUUGGCUCUGUGUUUGUCGCCUUUAUCAUCUUGGGGUCCCUGGUGGCAGCCUGUUGCUGCAGAUGUCUCCGGCCUAAGCAGGAUCCCCAACAGAGCCGAGCCCCAGGGGGUAACCGCUUGAUGGAGACCAUCCCCAUGAUCCCCAGUGCCAGCACCUCCCGGGGGUCGUCCUCACGCCAGUCCAGCACAGCUGCCAGUUCCAGCUCCAGCGCUAACUCGGGGGCCCGGGCGCCGCCAACAAGGUCACAGACCAACUGUUGCUUGCCGGAAGGGACCAUGAACAAUGUGUAUGUCAACAUGCCCACGAAUUUCUCGGUGCUGAACUGUCAGCAGGCCACCCAGAUUGUGCCACAUCAAGGGCAGUAUCUGCAUCCCCCAUAUGUGGGGUACACGGUGCAGCAUGACUCUGUGCCCAUGACUGCUGUGCCACCUUUCAUGGACGGCCUGCAGCCUGGCUACAGGCAGAUUCAGUCCCCCUUCCCUCACACCAACAGUGAACAGAAGAUGUACCCAGCGGUGACUGUAUAACGCAGUCACUGGUGGGUUCCUUUACUGAAGGGAGAGGAAGGCAGGGGUGGGUUGUCAGGUGGGCGUCCGCACGUG